GCCUGCGUUUACUUCCAUAUAAACAAGAAAAGUCUUUGCAGUCGCUGAGGAGGAGAGAAACAUGGAGUAUCGUUUUGACAGGCCAGCGGUGGUGCUGUCACCGCUGGAGGAGUCCAGUGCGGAGGUGAGCAGAGACAGCGGUAUCGUGUCGCAGAGCGCCAGCAGCUUGUCUAUGCUAAGUGAAGCCCUGAGCAGCGGUACAGUGUCACAGAGCCCGAGCUUCGGAGCUGCGGUGGCCCAGAGCCCGAGCUCAGCCGCGGGAGAAGGUCGGGAUCAGAGCGAGCCGGAGCAAGCACAGGACGACGAGCUCCUGAGACACACAGCCAUCGCCUACUCCUCGUAUAUCAGAGCCAAUGCUGAAGAGGAGGCGCUAUGCUUGGAGAAAAGUCUGGAGGAAAUGCUAACGAGAGUUGAUGAGUUUGUUGGGAUGCUUGAUAUGAUUCGAAAUGACACCUCUCAGGUCGUAAAUGAGAACCUACCACAGAUUCAAAGAAAAUCUGAAGAGAUGAGAGAGAUUUACAGAAAAAUCGACAAACUUGAGGCAUUUGUCAAAAUGGUUGGAGUCAAUGUUAAUGCGAUGGAAGAACAAGUAACCCAAGUUGAAGGUGAAGUUGGAACGUUACCCGGUGCCUUCAAAAAGAUCUUUCGCACAAUGAGCAUGCCAGGAUUUUUAAAUAAACCUGCUAGUCCAAAGCGGCAAUCACAAAGGCAACAAGAGCUUCCUAGUGUAUUUAGGACGGAAGAUUAUUUUAAACCUCAGUCUGAGCAGUAAAAGAGAGACUCUUUAUAAAGCACUUAUCAACGCCAACAUCAGCAGUGCUGCCUGCUUUCAGAUGCACCCAGCUGGGAUCACAAACACAAACAUUUCACAGUCACUUUAUCGUCAGAUUAUUCAAAUGAAUCCUGAUCAAUGCCAAGUGUUAUUUUAGUAGUCUGUUUAAUGGCAGCUAGUUUUAUAACCAACAGAAGCUUUGGUUUUUAUUUUAUUUUGUUCAAAGUGCCUCCAAGAAGUCUGACAAUGUUUCUAAAAUGAGAAAGCAUGCUUGUGAAUGUCAGAACAUUAGUUGAAAUGUUUUGAUGUUUUUUUUACACAAACUUGUAUAUAGAUUUAAAACGUUAUAAUUUUUUGCCCUUGAUCUUUUCUUCCAAUGCUUGAUAUCUUUUUGCACUACUUUCACUGUUGCUUUAAUGAUCUAUUUAUCUUAAUAAGGUCUAAUAUCAGUGUCUGGCACAUGAUAUUUAAUUAUUAAUAUAACCUGUGUAAACUACUCUGGGUUAUUAUUACAGUAUAGCAUUUAGUGACACUUCUCAGCCAAACAAUGUCAUCACAACAAAUCUUGUUGGCCGUGGACAAUUUACUUUUAUACCUAAUGUCCACUGACAACUAUAUGAUGAUGAUACAUGAUGAUGAUAUUUGUGACAAAUGAUUGAUUGUUUGUAAUAAAUUUCAUAAAGUGG